UAUAGUCAAUGGUUGUACUUGUAUUGUGUCUUGCAUUUUUAGGUUAGUAAAAUCGAAAAUGGUUUUAGAUCUGGAUUUAUUUCGUCCUGAUAAGGGAGCAAAUCCCGAUAACAUUCGUGACAAUCAAAAGAAGAGAUUCAAAGAUGUGGGCUUAGUAGAUGCAGUUGUAGACAACGACUCUAAAUGGAGACAAUUUCGUCACAAUGGUGACAGCUACAACAGACUUAAGAACGCAUGCAGCAAAGAAAUUGGGGAAAAAAUGAAAAAAACGAAAAAGGGAACACCUAAAGAUGUAACACCAAAAAAGGUAGACAUAAAAUCAAUUAAUACCUUCUUUGCUGACCACAGCUAUGUGGAUGGCUUCAUUCCCUCCACUGCUGAUACUGAUCUUUGGGACCAAGUUUCAAAGGAAUAUACUCCUGCCGAGAUCGAAGCUUUAGCUCACAUUCAUAGGUGGUUUCAACACAUUAAAAGUUUAAACUCAAUUAAUCAUUCAUUUCAGCCUUCCCAGAAAAAAGAACUUGCUGGAGAUGAUGAUUUGCCUUCUUCUAUAACAGUUGACAACUUGACGAAUGAUCUAUUGAAGACACUUUCUAUCAAUCAAAUAAAAAAAUUCCGCACACUCUUGGACAAAGCAAUAACAGAGAACGAAGGAAAAAUUGCUGCUGCAGAGCAGGCUAGAAAUGAUGCUUUGUCAGAGAUUGGCAACCUGCUUCACGAGUCUGUGCCCAUCAGCAAUGACGAGGAUGAAAAUGCUGUUGUUUGCACGUUUGGGGACGUGAGUGUUCGCAAAAAGUACUCUCACGUAGACCUCGUGCAUAUGGUUGACGGAGUGGAGGCUGAUGCUGGUGCAAUAGUUGCUGGAAGUCGAGGGUAUUACCUCAAGGGCCCCUGCGUGUUGAUGCAACUGGCCCUUGUCCAAAUGGCUCUCCAUCGCUGGAUGGCCAAGGGAUAUGUUCCCAUCUACACACCUUUCUUCAUGCGUAAAGAGAUCAUGCAACAAGUCGCUCAGCUGGCUCAAUUUGAUGAAGAGCUAUACAAGGUGAUUGGCAAAGGUAGUGAAAAGAUAGGGGAAGUGGCUCCGGUAGAUGAGAAGUAUCUGAUUGCUACAUCAGAGCAGCCAAUAGCAGCUCUACAUCGUGACCAAUGGCUGCCUGAGACCUCUCUACCCAUCCGCUACGUAGGACAGUCUACGUGCUUCCGUCAGGAGGUGGGCUCCCAUGGCAGAGACACUCGCGGCAUCUUCCGAGUACAUCAGUUUGAAAAGAUUGAACAGUUUGUGCUCACCUCGCCUCACGAUAACAAGUCUUGGGAGAUGAUGGAGGAGAUGAUUGGUCUGUCAAAGCAGUUUUAUGAGGAUCUUGGUAUUGCCUACAGAGUGGUUAACAUUGUAUCUGGAGCUUUAAAUAACGCAGCAGCCAAGAAACUAGAUCUGGAGGCUUGGUUUCCUGGAUCAGGAGCAUUCAGAGAGUUAGUGUCUUGUAGCAACUGUCUAGACUAUCAGGCAAGAAGGCUUCUUGUACGUUAUGGGCAGACUAAGAAAAUGAAUGCUCAGACUGAUUAUGUCCACAUGUUGAAUGCAACCGCAUGUGCUACUACCAGGGUUAUAUGUGCAAUAUUGGAAACCUACCAAACAGAAACAGGCAUCAAGAUACCAGCUGCAUUGAAGCCUUAUUUCCCACCAGAUUAUCCAGAAGAGAUUCCUUUUGUCAAACCAGCUCCCAUUGACGAAGGAGAGACGAAAAAACAGAAGAAGCAAAAAGAGGGCAUGGCAAAGAAGGCAUAAGAACGUGGAAAUAAUUUGGGACAAAAGAUGUGAUAUUGCUUGUGAAAAUCUAAUGAACAUUAUUACUUAUUUAUUAUCAAAUAAUAAUAAUAAUAAUAAUAGGGUUUUUACAAAAAUAUUUUGGUUUUUAUUGUACUUUACGAUCUUUGUACAUUUGAGCAAUC